CACAACCCCGCUCAAAAGUUACGCCUGGUUUCCUUGACCUGGUCGUGGUCUUCUGGCUUGUCGAUUAAAUCCUUGAAGGACGGCCUCGGGACGUGCUGUUUAAUUUCUUUCUAUGUAUGACACGUGCUUGGGUUGGACCGGUUUUUAUGGUUGGCAUGAGAAAAUGGGAGUUCUUCUGCGUUUGCUUCGGCGGUGUAUUAUGUUCCAAUGUUUCUUCAAUUAUUGUCUCUUCCCCGAUACCUCAGAGACAGCGGCAGGCAGGUUUGCCUUUAUAUGGAUGUCAUCUCAAUGGCAGGUUAAACAACUCGAUCAAUUUUUUUUCCAAGUGGCACAAGAACGUCUUCUUUAUCUAUUGUUAUAGGACCUAUGAAAAACGAUUGGUUUGAGAUUAUCUUAAUAUGCCCUCUCUGACCUACGUUGACAGCUGCCAUGGUACAUAUUAAUCCGAGAAGUAUAUUAGGGUUAAUGCAGGCAACCC